AAUGAAGCCAUAACUUCUGCCUCAAAUGAAUUGGCCCGGAGAAAAGGUGAUCUUGAAGAAAAUCUGAGAUUGAUUAAUGAGUUAAAGAUUGCAGAAGAUGAGAAAUACAUCUUUAUGUCAUCAAUGCUGGGGUUGUUGGCAGAGUAUGGCAUUUGGCCUCGUGUUACUACUGCAUUUACUCUUACGAACAGCAUUAAGCACUUGCAUGAUCAACUGCAAUCGAAGAUUAAAACUUCACAUGAUAAAAUUGAAGAGCUAAAUGCAAUAGCUGGAAAUCAUACUGGCAAGGAGAACCCUAGUGCUGGCCCCAUUAUGGGUCAAUUUCCUAACAGUUCCAUGGGCAUGGGUGGAUCUUCUCAUCAAAACCACUAUUUAGAUGGACAUCAAAUGGAGCCAGCCGAUGGUGUACCGACGUACAUACAAGAGAAUGAUCAUCAACAAACUGGAAGUUUAAUGCUUAAUCAUGGAAUAUAUGGUUCACGGAGUGCAGAUAAUCAUUCAAAACUUACAUCUGAUAAUGAUAGGGGUGUUGUAGGUUCUGAGGUAGACAAUAUAUUUGACAGAAGUGGCAUAAAUAUGAGACCAGAUGAAAAUGAUCAGUUUUACCACUCUCCUAGAGUUGGUUCUUUAACUUCAGAAGGAGAGGGUCCUGGAAUAGAAGGCUUUCAAAUUAUUGGAGAUGCUAAACCUGGAGGAAAGCUUUUAGGCUGUGGAUAUCCUGUUCGUGGAACUUCUCUCUGUAUGUUUCAGUGGGUUCGUCAUUAUCCAGAUGGAACUAGGCAGUACAUCGAGGGAGCCACCAACCCAGAAUAUGUAGUUACAGCUGAUGACAUCGAUAAAGUUAUAGCUGUAGAGUGCAUACCAAUGGAUGAUCAUGGACGCCAGGGAGAUCUUGUCAGGCUAUUUGCAAAUGAUCAGAACAAAAUAACAUGUGAUCCUGAUAUGCAACUGGAGAUAGACACCCAUAUUUCAAAUGGCCAAGCGACAUUCAAUGUUCUAAUGCUUAUAGAUUCUUCCGAGAAUUGGGAACCGGCAACCAUAUUUUUGAGGCGAUCAAGUUUCCAAGUCAAGGUUCACAGAAUGCAGGAAGUGGCAAUUGCAGAGAAAUUUUCCAGAGACUUGUCGGUUAAAAUUCCCAAUGGGGUCUCAUCACAGUUUGUUUUAACAUAUUCUGAUGGUUCUUCACAUUUUUUCAGCACAAACAAUGAUGUUAGAAUGCGUGAUACACUAGCAUUGACAAUAAGAAUCUUCCAGACGAAGGCGAUGGACGAAAAGAGGAAGGGGAAGAGCAUGAAUUCUUCAUAGGAGUACAGUUUUUGUAGCUAUAUAGUAUUCUUUUAGAAAAUAGAAAAUGUGAAAAUAACGAGAUGCACAUAUUCUUGUAUACUAGUUUUUAGUAAGUUAAUAAAAUUAUAUUUUGUUUUCCACUUUCCUGUUGUAAAGAGUAUAACUUUUGGUCUUUAAAUUGUUAAUUGCAUAUUUGAGUUCCCAUCA